CUCGACCGCACCUGAUCACCAGUCCCAAAAUCUAGGGCUAACAGCGAGCGCGCCGUUCUCUCCAACGCGCACGCGCAGUCGCUUCUCCUCGAUCUCGUCCGAUCACCAUCCGCGUCCGGCGAGCAGCGACGUCAUCGCAGCAAUGGCUCCGCCUCCUGGACCUUAUUCCGGCACCAGCACUCUCGCUCUUGUCGCCCGUGUCUCGGCUUUCACCUUCGGGGUCGUGUACGGGAACAUGAAGCUCAAGUAUCUGAAGGCAAAGGCGAACUCUCAAAGAAAAGCUGAAGCGAAGGCUCAUCACUGAAGAGUCAGGUUUUUGUUUUGUGUUGUGGAUUAGCAAGAGUCACAAUAAUGGAUUGGUAGAAUCUCACCAGCUUCACUUGGCAUAGAUAUCUUUGGGCUGUUUCCAAAUGCUGUAGAUCUUUAUUCUUUUUUUAUAUUUGAGAAUCACUGGAUCUGGUCAUCGCCAUUUGAUGGCAAUGGGCAACAUCAGAAUUUUUUCACUGGUUUUCUCAUACUUUCUCCUGAGAAAAUAAUUCUCCUUGGUCAUUAA